AUGCCACCGAAGAAGAGCACAUCCGCUGCCAAGGCAGCGCCGGCAAACAAGGCCGCACCAAAGGCUGCUGCUGCUGCUGCUGCACCUGCUUCGGCCGCCACUGCACCUGCCACAAAGGCCAAUGGCAAGAAGCGUGCCGCUGCCGACGAAGCCGACUCUACCCCUGCUAAGAAGACCACUGCCGCCGCCUCAAAAGGCAAGAAGCUCGCCACAAAGAAGGCUGCUGCAUCCUCUGGCGAGGACGCGACCGACGUCAACGAGCGUGCCAUCAUCGCUUCGCUCUCCGACGUCUCUGCCGACUCGUCCGACGACGACGAUGACGACUUUGAAGACGACGCUGCCAACUCGUCCGACGAAGACGACGAGGACGACCGUGCGGCCGCCUCUGCCGCCACGCAACCGCGAUCCUCGCUCGCCUCGGUCAAACUGCCCAACUCGAAAGACGACGCUGUCGUUCGCGCCCGACUCGACAAGCUGCGCAAGUCCAAGUCCAAAUCCUCUGGCGCCAACACCACUCCUGGCGUGCUCUACAUCGGUCGUCUUCCACGCGGGUUCUUCGAGAAGCAGCUCAAGGCGUACUUCACCCAGUUCGGCGACGUCACCCGUCUUCGUGUGUCGAGGAACAAAAAGACCGGUGCAUCGAAGCACUACGCCUUUGUCGAGUUCGCCGAUCGCGACGUGGCCAAGAUCGUCCAGGAGACCAUGCACAACUACCUGAUCGACGGGAGGUUGCUUCAGGUCAAAGAGGUGGCCAAGGACAAGGUGCACCCCGAGCUGUGGGUGGGUGCGAAUCGAAAGUUCCAAAAGGUGCCCGGUGACCGGGUGGAGCGGGUGGUGAGGAGCAGGGUUAAGACCGAGGAGGAGCAGAAGAGGACCAAUGAGAGGGCCAUCAAGAGGCAGGAUGCGAGGCGGGAGAAGUUGCACAAGUUGGGCAUCGAGUAUGAGUUCCCUGGGUAUGCGAACGAGGGUGAGGAGCAGAAGAAGAAGGCGAGCGCGGCAAAGGUGGGGACGCCGGCAAAGGCAAAGGGCAAGACGGCCAAGGCUUAA